GAUCGUCCACGGCGGCUGCUGUGGGAGGCUGUGGUAGUGGUGGUGGCGGCGCUGGGGCUGGGGCUGGGGCUGCCCAGAAAUAGCAGCAGCUGGUUUCCGCUCCCUGGUUGGCUAAGAGAGAAAGACAGAGAGAGAGAGAGAAAGAGAGAGCCCGACCAGUAGAGAGGAGCCGGCGGCGGCGGCGCUGGCUGCGCGGGACACUCGGGGGACUCCUCCCGGAGAAUGCAAGCCCCCUGCCCUGCCCCAGCCCCAAGCAGAUGAUGGCGAUACGGGAGCUGAAAGUGUGUCUUCUCGGGGAUACUGGGGUUGGAAAGUCAAGCAUUGUUUGCCGAUUUGUGCAGGAUCACUUUGACCACAACAUUAGUCCCACAAUUGGUGCUUCCUUCAUGACUAAAACUGUGCCUUGUGGAAAUGAGCUUCAUAAGUUCCUCAUCUGGGAUACAGCUGGUCAGGAGCGUUUCCAUUCAUUGGCACCCAUGUACUAUCGGGGAUCUGCAGCAGCUGUUAUAGUGUAUGAUAUCACUAAACAGGAUUCUUUUAAUACCUUGAAGAAAUGGGUGAAAGAAUUAAAAGAACAUGGUCCAGAAAACAUUGUAAUGGCCAUCGCUGGAAACAAAUGUGAUCUCUCGGAUAUUAGGGAGGUUCCUAUGAAGGAUGCUAAGGAAUAUGCUGAAUCCAUAGGUGCAGUUGUAGUUGAAACCAGUGCAAAAUGUGCUAUUAACAUUGAGGAACUCUUUCAAGGAAUCAGUCGUCAGAUCCCACCCUUGGAUCAUCAUGAAAAUGGGAACAAUGGAACAAUCAGGCUUGGGAACCAAACACCACAAACAAUCAGGCGAUGUUGCUGACCCGAUAUGAUAUCAUCUGAUGUACUUGAAGAACUCAAAUCCCAUUUUCUUGUGCACUGACUGAAGGACUUCCCGCUCUUGGUGACUUGGUGCCUUGUUUAAAAAAAAAUCCCAGCUCUACAUUGUGAAAAAUAUGCAGGCAUCAGAACCAGAAAGUUUCCCUCAGAAAGAGUUUUGCAGAAAUUCUUGAAAAAUACUUAGUAAUACUAUUUAUAUUGAUGGAUUGGAUUAUAUCGAUUUCAUCUUGUCCCUCCCCUCUCCCUUUCUUUCUCACUCUUCUUAAAACAGUGGUUUUUACUGAGUGGGUGAAGGAAGGGAGUGGGUGGAUGAAAAGUAUAUACCAAGUUCUCUGUUAAACCUGCCCAAUACUCAAGUUUUGUAAGAAAGAGGAUCUAUUCUUGUUGGCUCAGUUUGUGUGUGGGGAUUCUGGGGUCAGUUGUUCCUCUCUGGCUUCCUAGUUGGCCUGGUCACACUACUGGAAUCUUUUCAGUGCCAUUGAGUUUGUGGAUGACCUAAUCAGUCACCUAUGAAAGUUAGCUAGUGAGGAGAUAAUUUUUUAUAUGGUUUUAGAACUGAGCCUGGUUUUUAUUUUUAAAUUUUAGAUCUACUCUAAAAAUUUUUUUAAAGGAAAGAAAUAGAAUUUAGCUGAUACUUCCCACAUCUUCUUUAGAGAACAGAGGAAUAUUAUCCAACUGUCUCCCAGAUUACAGGUUUGAGCAAUUCACUGAAAAAGAAGGGAAGACUUAUUUUAAAGAAAGAGGAAGAAAGAAAGAGAAGGAAAAGGGGGUGAAAGGAACAAAAGAAAGAAGGAAGGAAGAAAAGAAGAAAGAGAAAUAUUUUUUAGAUCUAUGCUUUUUUCCCUCACUUAUUAGCAUUGCACACAUUUUGAGUUUCAGGUACAUGUAGAGAGAAAGUUGCUGCAAAUGACUUGAAGGUUGAGAAGUCCUCAUUUCUGAAAAAGAGACAGAAGGUAUUUCUAUGUAAGAAUGCAUAUGAGCAGACUAAGGUGGAACAGAGAUGUUUUUUUAAAGAGGUACUUCCUACUGCAUGUUGUCUUGAUGGGCAGGGAGCUCAAUGCACAAAGCAUUUCCUUGCUAAUAGAAUCUGUCAUGGUUUCUUAAUCAAGAUUGAGAAUUGAAGUAAAAGAAUCUGCAGACUAAACUAUAGGGUAAACUUCUGAUGAGGGGAAAUUGGUUAGAUUACUGAGCAAUUAGUCAGUGAGUGGCAGAUGCCUUAGGCUUUUAGAAAACUAGUAGGCAAAAAAAGGCAUUAAAAAAAAAGAUAUGCUGUGGACUCCCCUGCACUCUAUCAUUGCAGUACUCCAUCAUAUCUGCACAAGGGAUGGCCUUCCUGAUCCAGAUUCCUUGGCUUCUUCUGUGGUAUAAAAGGAUUUGAAUGUCUUUAGUCUGUUCAAUUUUGAAAACUCUGUUUGGAUCCAGUGGAGGGAAGAAGUGAAGGCUGAGAGGGUGAAGGAGAAAAGCUAGUUUUCCCCUAAGUCCAAAUCCUUUUUUGCAUUCCAAGUUUUUUUUUUUUUGUUUUUUUUGUUUUUUUUUUUUUACCAGUCUAGGACCAAAUAGUGGUUGACUUCUCACCAAGGCUCAAAUUGGGACAGGACUUUUAGAAUUUCUCAGGUGCAGUACCCUUGGUAGGAGAUAAAGGAUUAAUGACCGUAGAGGUCAUUGAGACAAACACCUCUCAUUUUUUGGAUGAGGAAAAUGAGAUCAAAUUAAAUAAUUCACCCAAGGUCACAUAGGUAGUAAGUAGGAGAGGUGGGCUUUGAACCUAAGCCUUUUACCUUUAGAUCCAGCUGUCUUUUUACCAUACUGUGAGAAGAAAUCCCACCCUCCCCAAAAUAUUUGGUCAGACACCAUGAAGUCAAGGGAAAGUUGGUCCCAUUUUUACCUUUCCAUGAGCACCUUAAUUGUGGUCUAGGAAACAAUCAUAUCACUCAGAAAUAGAGAAUGGAAGCAUCUUAGGAAGCAUCUGCUCCAACCACUUUGUUUUGGAAAGGAGGAAACAAAGGCUCAGAAAAGGUAAACAGUUUGCCUGAGUUCAUACAAUUAGUUCAUUUCAGAGCUAGGAGAGAAAUCAAGUCUUGGCUAAACACCUGGAGUUUUCAAGUCUUAGGGAACAAACAUAUUACCAUCCCCAUGAUUGUUUAGGCCCUGUUACACUCUGAUCCUUUUUUUCCUGGGUUGAUGAAAUGUCAAUUUGUCAAAUUGUCAAAUUGUCAAUGGCCCAAAGAAGCAUUUACUGAGGGAUCAACAUGGGUGUCACAACUAUCCCUCUUUUGUGAUAAAAAAAAAAAGACUGUAUAUUGUGAUUAAAAAAAAGACUGUAUAUGGAAUGACAAUCAAGG